UCGGUGGCGGCGACGCGCGGCCUGGGCUCGCGCUGGGCUCCGCGCGCCCCCGGCCCCCUCUAUGAGGCAGAGGCCGCGGCGGCCGUUAGCGCUGUCGCUCCGGGGGCCGCGGCGGGCGGGGCUCCGGCGGGGCCCGUAGUCCCCACCCCAGCCCGGCUCCCAGCCGCCCGCCCUCCCUCUCUCCGAUGCAGGGGGCCGAGCUCCGGGAUGGCGAGGCGGCGGCGGCGGCCGCUUCGUACCGCGUCCUGAGCCGCCUGCUCGGCUAUGGAGAGGCGGCCCCCGAGCCAGGCCCGCCGCCGCCGCCCCCGGGCCAUGGCCCCGCGCCGCCACCCUUCCUCGCGCGGCCCGGCCCGCGGGGCUCCAGGCCACCUCAGCUGAUGGUGUUCCGCAACGUGGGUCGGCCGCCGGAGGAGGAGGACGCGGAGGCGGCCCAGGAGCCGGGACCCUCGGAACUGCUGUGUCCCCGGCACCGCUGUGCCCUGGACCCCAAGGCCCUGCCGCCGGGGUUGGCGCUGGAGCGGACCUGGGGCCCGGCGGCUGGACUAGAGGCGCAGUUGGCCGCUCUGGGGCUCGGGCAGCCGGCGGGGCCGGGGGUCAAGACGGUCGGCGGGGGUUGCUGCCCGUGCCCGUGUCCCCCGCAGCCGCCCCCUCCGCAGCCCCAGCCGCCUGCUGCCGCCCCGCAGGCCGGGGAGGACCCCACGGAAACGAGCGACGCGCUGCUGGUCCUGGAGGGCUUGGAGUCGGAGGCAGAGAGCCUGGAGACUAACAGCUGCUCGGAAGAGGAGCUCAGCAGCCCGGGCCGCGGAGGAGGAGGGGGCGGCCGGCUUCUACUGCAGCCCCCUGGCCCUGAGUUACCCCCGGUGCCCUUCCCGAUGCAGGACUUGGUCCCUCCCGGGCGCUUGAGUCGAGGGGAGCAGCCGCAGCAGCUUCCCCCGCCACCGCCUCCUCCUGGGCCCCUCCGGCCACUCGCCGGCCUUUCUCGGAAGGGCUCCCUCAAAAUCCGCCUCAGUCGCCUGUUUCGCACGAAGAGCUGCAACGGUGGCUCUGGCGGUGGGGAUGGGGCCGGCAAGAGGCCUUCUGGAGAGCUGGCUGCUUCAGCUGCGAGCCUGACAGACAUGGGCGGCUCUGCGGGCCGGGAGCUGGACGCGGGGAGGAAACCCAGGUUGACAAGAACUCAAAGUGCCUUUUCUCCAGUCUCCUUCAGCCCGCUGUUCACAGGUGAAACAGUGUCACUUGUGGAUGUGGACAUCUCUCAGCGGGGCCUGACCUCUCCACACCCUCCAACUCCCCCUCCUCCUCCAAGACGAAGCCUCAGCCUCCUAGAUGAUAUCAGUGGGACGCUGCCUACAUCUGUCCUUGUGGCUCCGAUGGGGUCUUCCCUGCAGUCUUUCCCCUUACCUCCGCCUCCUCCACCCCAUGCCCCAGAUGCAUUUCCCCGGAUCGCUCCCAUUCGAGCAGCCGAAUCUCUGCACAGCCAGCCCCCGCAGCACCUCCAGUGUCCCCUCUACCGUCCUGACUCGAGCAGCUUUGCAGCUAGCCUUCGAGAGCUGGAGAAGUGUGGUUGGUAUUGGGGGCCGAUGAACUGGGAAGAUGCAGAGAUGAAGCUGAAAGGCAAGCCUGAUGGUUCUUUCCUGGUACGAGACAGCUCCGAUCCUCGUUAUAUCCUGAGCCUCAGUUUCCGAUCACAGGGUAUCACUCACCACACCAGAAUGGAGCACUACAGAGGAACCUUCAGCCUGUGGUGCCAUCCCAAGUUUGAGGAUCGCUGCCAAUCAGUGGUGGAGUUCAUUAAGAGGGCCAUCAUGCACUCCAAGAAUGGGAAGUUUCUCUAUUUCUUGAGAUCCAGGGUUCCAGGACUGCCGCCAACCCCAGUCCAGCUGCUCUAUCCAGUGUCCCGCUUCAGCAACGUCAAAUCCCUCCAACACCUCUGCCGAUUCCGAAUCCGACAGCUCGUCCGGAUCGAUCAUAUCCCGGAUCUCCCACUGCCUAAGCCUCUGAUCUCUUAUAUCCGAAAGUUCUACUACUAUGAUCCUCAGGAAGAGGUAUACCUGUCUCUAAAGGAAGCGCAGCUCAUUUCCAAACAGAAGCAAGAGGUGUUGGAACCUUCCACGUAGCGAGGGGCCCCCUGCUGGUCACCACCAAGGGCAUUUGGUUGCCAAGCUCCAGUUUCAAAGAACCAAAUGAAGCUACCAUGAAAAGGAGAGUGAGGAAAACAGGAGGGAGUAGGAAGGAUUGGGAUCCUCUGUGCAAGAGACUGGUUCCCCUCACCACCCUGGGGCUUGGAUGAAGCACACCAGCGAACUCUGAGCAGGGCUUCACCGUGUCACAUCCAGCCCUGUGCUCCUGGAGCUGGAUGAACUCCCCGGAAAACCGGAAGAAGUCUCAACACUGUUCCUUUUUCAGAAGUUUUGUUUUGUAUAUUUGCAUUUCUCAGUACAGAAGAUUCACCCUAAAGGCAACUGGGGUUUGUGCCCAUUGGAUUGGAAGUGGUGCCGAGGGUGAGCAGGUCUGGGGGAGGGAAGGAGAGGAGAGCGGGUUGCCAGUGAUGGUCAUUCAGCUGGUGCCAAAGGCAGAAUUCCAGCCUUCACAUUGACCUUGAAGAAGGGGAAAGAAGGAGUCAGAGUGCAGAUCAAGUUGGGAGUUUCUGAUUGAGGAGAACCUGCUUCUCUGUAAGCAUGGGUAGCUUUAGCAGGAGCAGGAAAGAAAGGAAAGUGGAGCGUCUCAAAUAGAAGAUGCUGGACAAAACCUGGCACAUGGCCCCACUGGGGAAGUAGUGACUCCUCAUAUACCUUCCUUCUAAGGUUUAGGAACCUAAUUUCAGAAUCACCUCGCAUAGAAGCUGUAUUCAUUCUGUUCUACUGAAUUCUAUGACUUCACGUUAGCCCUGUUCCUCUCCCCUCAGCCCCUUCCCUCGAGAUAACUUCAUUUCACUCUGGUCAUGGUAACAUCAUUCCUAUUGCUUCUACCAGCUGUCAAGGCGGUAGUAUUUUCAUCACCUGAGCAGUUCAGAGCUCCAGUUGCGGGCUGCUGCCGUUAAUGGAGCGUGCUUCCAGAUUCUUAAUGGCAAACGGUACCCAUGACUUAGGAGUCAGUGUUCCUUACCUCCAUAUGUCUGUCAGCUAGUAAGAGGGAAUGUGGAGGAAGGUGAGAAAGGGAACUGUUGUGCUCUUCCUAGAGAAAGCUCCCUCAUGGCUCAGCUUUAAUGGGAUGUUUGAGGUUAGUGAGAGGGAAGAGAGCAUUACAGCUCAUCUUCUUACGUUGGUCUGAAACGGGAGGUGGCAAAGGCUUCUUUAUUUUCCUGAGUUCUUUCUAGCAACUCAGACAUUUUCCUGAGUUAGAUCUUGUUUUGCCCUCCUUUCAUUGGGAAGUCUGUCAGAUGCUGAUUGGAGAGUUGCCUCUUUUCCAGAUGGAAGUAGAGGAAGAGGGAGAAAAAAUGGCAGUGCUUUUCCGAACUGGGCCAUUGUCAAAUCACAUACCAGUAUGAGUUUGCUUUUCUGUAGAGUUACUCUGGGGAGAGGUUUGUUAUUAAGAUGUGAAAAUUGAGCUGUUUGAUCCUUAUUACUCUUUUGCAGUAAGUGUUCCAGUAGACUGCCUCUUUUGGUUCCCCUGUGUUUAUACCUGCCUCAUCUAGUGAGAUAAAUAAUGUCAGGUUUGUGGUUUCCUGAUGGUUUAGGGUGAGGCCCCAGUGUUUUGGUAAUUUACAGGACUGCCUCACCUGGAAACAUUGACCUUCUGCCUUACGUCCUGCGUGGAAUGACCAUUCCUCCUCUUAGCUGAAUAGGGUGGAAACUUGCAUUGUUACCUGGCUGUCAAGAGGUAACGCACAAAAUGAGCUUUGUAGCAUAAACACAGCCCACCUCUG